ACCGCUUUUUCUUCUCGCCAAAGGAUUCAAUAACAUCUUCCGGGAAAAAAAGCUCAAAAAGGAAAAGUGCUUUCCUCUCUGUCUCGCAUUUCUCAGAAGCUCGCUUACUCUGUGCACCCACCGUCCUCCGGCGCUUCUCUGCUUCUCCAUCACGAUCUGACCUGAACUUGGGUUUUCGUGUUGUCGUUGUGCUGGUUGCUGUUUGCUCUGGUGUAUGACGAGCGCGUCGGAGCUGUUUUACCAGAGAAGGUCGCGCGUUGGGCGGCUGAGCACCGAGUUACCCCUCGGCCUCGAGGCUUCCAGUUCCGAUCGUGGUUUUCACCAAAAUUCUGGCCGGCGCCAUCACCACGGCCACAGCCACAACAACAACGGUGCCGGGCGGCAUGAUUUGGACGGAUACGAUACUCUCCGCAGAUCUCAGCAUGUUCGGCAUGCCUGCCAUCGGGCCUCUGAACGAUCCUCUGCACGGUUUGAUCACGUCUCCCGGCAGUAUGUAUCAAACAACAGUUUUGGUCAGGAAGCUUCAAGCACAUCAGGCCGGCCUAGGGUGACUUCAAAUGAGAGGCUCCCUGGUGCUGUGCUACUUGCAAGGGCAAGGCUUCUUGAGAGAUUAAGAGGAGUGUCCCUCUCUGGAAACCGGCGAAAUACAAGGUCUGCUGCCUUCAGCAUCAGCAACGGGGAACAUACAUUUGGCGAUGAUCUCCGUGCAGUUGAUACGGGGGACUGGGGGACUGAUGUCCCUGCAGUGUGGUCUCCUGGCGGGUUUCCAUUCCACGAUUCAACUUCUGAAAGCGAGAGGCGACAAUCACCCAAGAAGAAACCUCCUGGUUUAUCUCCAGAGGAACUAGUUGGUCUGAAGAUGGAGGUGUUUACUACUUAUGUGGCUGAAAGUGGAGACGAUGAGGGAGUGUCGUCAAGAGAUUGUAGCAUAUGCUUGGAGAGUUUCAUUGGAGGAGAUGAGCUUAUGUGCCUGCCAUGUGGACAUCGCUUCCACUCUGUGUGCUUAGAUCCGUGGGUUCGAGCCUGUGGAGACUGUCCCUAUUGCCGCAGAGAUAUAGUCUCCAGUAGUAAGUCGUAGUUGAAAUCUGAGUUUAGAUCCAUGGCUUGUGUGCUUAUAGACUUAUACUUCUGAUGAGAGACUGUCGUCGUCUUCCAUGCACCUGAGAUUCAUGGUCUUUUUAUUUAUUCUUAUGAGCAUCUUAAGAAAUGUUUCACUGUUUGUUUCAAUGGGUAUGGCAGGAUUUUGUGGAAUGAAAACAUGAACAGAACCAAUUCGAGUGUGAAAUUGCACACUGUUGUUUUGGGCUAUGGAAGAACGGCAGAGGGUCGAUUAAACGCCUUUGAGGAGC